AUGAAGCCUCUCCUGCCGUUUCUGAUAUAUGAUUACCAGAACGCAUUCGUUCAGGGACGUCAUAUGGAUGAUAAUAUAUUGAUCUCUCACAAGUUAACUCACAUUAUCAAUAAGCAGAGAUCGGGAAAUCGCUACCUGGCAGCGUUAAAACUCGAUAUGAAUAAAGCUUAUGACAGGGUUAAUUGGCAGUUCAUCGUCAAAGUUUUAAGUGCCUAUGGAUUUCCUCGUUAUUGGAUCAUGCUCAUCAAACAAUGUAUUGAAACUGUCUCGUAUAGAGUUAUGAUCAAUGGCACAGCAACUCCCACUUUCCUUCCCCACUGCGGUUUACGGCAAGGAGACCCGUUAUCUCCCUAUUUAUUUCUUUUCUGCAUGGACAUCCUAUCCAGAAUGACUACUCGGGCUACGGUUACUCGCCAACUACAAGGCAUCAAGAUUGGGAAGCAAGGUCCGACAGUUUCCCACCUUUUCUUUGCCGAUGAUGCUCUAUUCUUCUUCCGUGCUACACCAGCAAUAUGUGCGACUUUAAACACAAUAAUUACAAGAUUUUGCUCCGUUUCGGGUCAGAUGAUCAAUCACACUAAAUCUUUUGUGAAGUUCAGUCCUAACAUUCCUCCAGAUCAGCGACAAGUUUAUAAAAAUAGUCUCCAACUGGAUGAUAAACCGUCUCUUGGUACAUAUCUGGGCUCCUCCAUUGAUAUCCAAGGAUCGAAGGUACCGCACUUCACUUUCCUCCUCGACAUUGUUUCAAGGAAAAUUGAAAUCUGGAAUCACACUUGGUUAUCUCAGCCAAUGAAAUUGGUAAUUAUCAACUCUAUACUCGUGGCCACUAUUAUGCAUCAUCUAUCCAUCUUCCAAAUACCAACCACUAUUACUAACAAGUUGGAUGCUAUGCUCGCCCGGUUUUUUUGGAAAAAUAAUUCCCAAACUGGGUUACACUGGAAAAAGAAGGAGAUUUUGCACCACCCUCGUGGACAAGGGGGCCUCGGCAUCCGUAGUAUUGGAACCUUCAAUACAGCCUUAUUAAUGAAACAAGUGUGGAGAAUUCACAACAAACCCCACCUUUUGCUCUCCAAGGUGUUUAAGCCCUCGAACCCGCAAACUUCAUGGAUAAGAUCAACUAAGUCUAAAAUUUCGUUGGGUCGUCGAGGGCUCCUUUCGGCUAGCCAAUCACUCCGUAAGAAUUGUGUCUGGAAAGUGGGUAACGGUACCUCUAUCAGAGCAGGAUUACAACCAUGGGUUUUUGGUAAUAUUCCAACCUUCAGAGAUGGCAUUACCUUACGCGAAGCAGCGCAAACCCGUGUUGCAGACCUGAUAUUACCACAUAACCAAGGUUGGAAUAUUAGAAAACUUUAUACCCUCUUCAUUCCUUCGGAUGCUCAUCUUAUUCAAAGGAUAGAAUUACCUGCUCGGUUCGAUGUUCCAGAUAGGGUCUACUGGCCUUUGGCUCGCUCGGGGGAAUACACUACAAAAUCUGGUUACGGUCUCCUUCUACAACAACAACAACAACAACAAACUCACAGCAUGACACUCCCAGAAAACUCGAAAUUUUUUCAUCACCUCUGGGGGCUGAACAUCAUGCCGAAGUGGAAGAUUUUCAUAUGGAAGCUAUGGCACAAUUGUUUGGCCACCUCUUCCAAUCUUCAACGACGGGGUAUCAUCAAUACCACACACUGCUCAAUGUGUUUAGAUGAUAAUGAAGAUGACCAGCACAUUUUCAGGUUCUGCCCAAUGGCUAUGGAGGCCUGGGAGGGCUCCCCUCUUUCUAUUUCUUCGUCGGAAAAUCAUGCAAUGUCGCUGGCUUCGUGGAUUGUUUUCUGGCUCGAAAAAUAUCUCAAAGAGGAUGGAUACAGGGGGCUUCGGGUUCCAAUUUUCAUUGGAACUUUAUGGGCAAUAUGGAAGACUAGGAAUGAACAAAUUUUUCGUCAGGGUAGAACUAUGCUGGAUGCUUAUAAUAGCAAUAUCUCGGAAAGCAGGCAGCUUCAUAAGCGGUACAUAGUUGAUGAUGUCCUAAUAGGCGAUCCCCCUCCAGCACCGAAUCUCAUUCACCCCCCAGGUUUUAUUUUCACAGAUCUAAGGCAUGGUCAAAUGGGGGUACCGGAUCUUAUAAUCCGAAUAGAUGGGUCCUGGGAUCACUUUAAUGGUCAUGGAGGCUUCGCAUGGGUUGCCCAUUGCCAUAGACACCACAUACGCAGCCACGGAUCUUUUAUGCAAGCUUCAUCGACCCUUCACACAGAAAGCAUGGCGUGUCUUUCCGCACUAAGAUGGAUCACGACAACAAGCUUCUCCCGUAUAUUGCUCCUCACAUAUUCUGAACAGCUGGUCAGGAACUUGGUACCCAACACACCAGCAGACAUCUCCAUCAGCCACACUCUAUCAGGCAUUAUCGAGGCUUCGACUGGGCUUCAUAGCUGCCGCAUUAUAAAAGUCAGUAGGGGCCAGGUGCAGCAAGCCCACGAGAUAGCACACCACUGUCGUUUACAUAGGGUAAAUGUAGGGUAG